GGGCGGAGUUAUGAAGGAAUGGAUGUAUAAAUGUGCCUGCACGGUGGAUCCAAUAUCAUUCUCAACAGCAUUCUCAAAGCGAGUGUAGUGUACUCCAUUUCAGCCAAUUUCAUCUACCAGUUCUUACCAUUUCUAGGAAUAUGAAGGUUUCAAUUGUGAUUGCACUGUUGUGCCUGGUGGGUUUGUCUGUAAGUUUCCCGGCUGAGUCCAGUGGAUCUUUCCCUGAAAGACGCAACCUGCGUAGGAAGAACGCGGUCACCGCAGCUCAACCGUUCCGCAACCGCCAAUCUGAACCUCUUCAGCCCGAAUACCUUUCCGCCAAACCCAAACAAACCAGCGAAUACACGCCUUUAGGUCCAGAUGCCCAGGACCGUGAGUCUUCCCCCCAACAGAACUUUGCCAGACCAGGUUUCCAGCAGAAACGCAAACCUAUCAGCCCCAUUAGACCCGUGGCCGAGAAGUACGUCGCCGAAGCCAGCAACGCCUACGAUAACAACGGAUACGAUGCAGGCACCUACGACGACGGACAUCUUAAAUUCGAACAAGGAGUGCAAAACAACGCUGCUUCCUACAACAGUGAUCAGGGGGUGAAAGACGGUCGCGUUCAAUUCUCCAUCGCAGGUCAACAGGGACCCAACAGCUACCGUUUCGGUUACGACACUGGCAAAGGAGCUGACCGCACUUUCCGCAUUGAGGAACGUGACAACUCCGGUGUUAUUCACGGACGUUAUGGAUACUACGAUCCAUCUGGAAAAUUCCGCGUCGUCAACUACAAAGCUCACCCUGAGUCCGGAUUCGCUAUUGUUUGAAUAGUUGUUCCAGAGUAUUCCAGGCUGGAGGGUAACUGAGACUGAUUCCAUGAACAUCUGCCGAGCUUCUUGAUGUUAUUCACUUAAUAUAACGUUUGUUGGCUUGGUGUAGCUGGGCUACGCCAGUCGAAUUUUGUUUUCGAAUACAUCCAUCUCUUGAUGAGAUUUAAAAACUA